ACCAACUAUCAUUCACACAGACAUGUAUGUGAAUAGCAUUGGUCCUGUGAAUGCUAUAAAUAUGGAAUAUACAAUUGAUAUAUUUUUUGCACAAACCUGGUAUGAUAGACGUUUGAAAUUCAAUAGCACGAUGAAGGUGCUCAGGCUUAACAGUAACAUGGUGGGCAAAAUUUGGAUCCCUGACACCUUCUUUCGGAACUCAAAAAAGGCAGAUGCUCAUUGGAUAACAACACCCAAUCGAAUGCUUAGGAUCUGGAACGAUGGGAAGAUACUGUAUACACUAAGGUUAACUAUUGAUGCUGAGUGCCAGUUAAAACUGAACAAUUUCCCCAUGGAUGAGCAUUCCUGUCCUCUGGAGUUCUCAAGCUAUGGCUAUCCAAGAGAAGAGAUUAUCUACCAGUGGAAGAGGCACUCUGUUGAGAUUGGAGACACUCGAUCAUGGAGGCUUUACCAAUUCUCCUUUGUUGGCCUGAGAAAUACAACUGAGGUUGUGAAGACAACAUCAGGAGAUUAUGUGGUGAUGACAGUCUUCUUUGAACUAAGCAGGAGGAUGGGGUAUUUUACAAUUCAAACCUACAUUCCCUGCACUCUGAUUGUUGUGCUGUCCUGGGUGUCUUUCUGGAUUAAUAAGGAUGCAGUGCCUGCCAGAACAUCCUUAGGAAUCACAACUGUCCUGACAAUGACCACACUGAGUACAAUUGCCCGUAAAUCCCUUCCCAAAGUUUCCUAUGUGACUGCGAUGGAUUUGUUUGUCUCUGUUUGCUUUCUUUUCGUUUUCGCUGCUCUGAUUGAAUACGGGACCUUGCACUACUUUAUCAGCAACAGGAAACCGAGCAAACCGGGCAAGAAGAGGAAAAAUCCUCUCCUUCGGCUGUUUUCUUCAAAGACGCCCACUGUUGAUAUUCGACCACGCUCUGCCACAGCCAUUCAGAUGAACAAUGCCACGCACCUUCAGGAGAGAGAUGAGGAGUAUGGGUAUGAGUGUCUGGAUGGCAAGGACUGCUCCAGCUUCUUCUGCUGUUUUGAAGACUGCCGAUCAGGGGCAUGGCGGCACGGUCGAAUACACAUCCGCGUCUCCAAAAUUGACUCCUAUGCCCGCAUCUUCUUCCCUACUGCCUUUGGUUUGUUUAACCUAGUAUACUGGAUCUCCUAUCUCUAUCUUUAGGGUAAUAGAUGUAGCUGGCCUUAAUAUCAAAAUCCACUUGCAAGACCAUAUCUUUUUUGACCCCUAGCAAAACAAGCGUACAGUGUCUGUCUUUUUUAUUAUUUAAAUUGUAUUGAUCUUAUUAUUGUUAUUAUUUUUGUAUUAUUAUUUUUCGAGCCUUAGUUUAGAUCCAACAAAAAUGUGUAGCAAAUUUCCAAAAGGAGUUGAAUUCUGUACAGAUGCAGCUAGACUGUGACAUUGUCUCAUUGAUACCUUCAUGGCUAGGACAGGUACGGAUUAACGAGACAAAGUCAGAUGCUGUAACCUAAAUCCAGUGCUUGUGAAUGCAGCUCAGGAAGGUAUACAGUCAGGCUUUCUCAUGCACGUUUUCAUUCUACUGUUGCCUUUUUCUAGAGACCCCUAAACACAGGCUGCUGGAGUAAGCAAUGUCAUUGUCUGAUUAGCUUGUUGUCAAGAAAUACAAAUUACAGCCAAUAGAUCUGCAAGAUGAUUUUUUCGAUCCUUUUUUUUUUCUUAACAAUGGUUUAGUAUAUUUAAAAAAAAUGUGUGCAAUGGCCAAUUGAAAGAGACUACUGUAUAGCAAAUGAAUAAACCAGUAUUUAAGAAUAUUAAUCAGGAAGUCGUGCCUGCUUAUCUAUGGAGCUUCAGUUGUUUUAUGAGUUCCAUAACUAUAUCGGGAUUACAGACCUGACUGUAAAAGCUUAAAGUGAUCACUCCUUGCCUUUAAUGGUGUGGACAGGGCUAUAAAAAUAUAUGGUCUAUAAUAAAAUGUAAAAAUGCUGUAAAUAUUUGAAUAGAAUGUAGUGGUUUCAAUUUACUGCAUGCAUUUUUCAGGCCAAAAAAAAAAAAAGAAAAUAUGUACUUUGGUCUUUUGUUCUGUUGUCUAUGGAAAACUCCUGUAAAUUAAACUGGAUUCAUUUUUUAAUUUUUUUCUCUGCCCAUUUCCAAUGCACAUGAAAUCUGAUCAGGUAAAUGCAGCAUCAGAUGCAAACUGUUCAAAGUGUUUAAAAAAAAAAAAAAAAAAAAAAGAUACAUGAAUUGCAUACAAACCCUAGGAAUACAUUUUAAUCAUGGUGUCUCUAUCAUUAGAGCAGCUUAAAAAUAAAAAAAAAUCACUGAAAACAAAAACGAUGAUAUCUGAACACAAUUACUUGUAUACAAUUCCACAAUUGUUACCUGCAUCGCAAGUGUUGCUUGUUUUGUAACUUGAUGCUUUACAAAAGCUGCUAAAAAUAAAUCUAAUCUUAGGUAAGUGGCCAUCAGUACACUGUAUAUCACUGUUUUAAAGACAAUGUAAUGGUACUGAGGCUGCAAUGUUGUACCCAGCCCCAUUCUAGCUUUGCCUUGUCCUUCCAAUGAAUUUUCCCCUAGCGGUCAUUUUCUCAUUGUCCAUGUCCCUUCAUGUGUAGAAAUAUUAUUUGCUCUGGCAUGGCUUACAGUAAUCCAUCAUAUACAUGUUGUGUCCUAGCAUAGCAAGACUAUACCUGACAGAAAAAAAAAAAUGACCACAGGUUCAAAGGGCCCCAGAGCAACAA